UGUCAACCAGAAUGCAACCGGUCAAUAUGGCUUUCAAAAAACACACCCUUGGAGAACAUCUCAAGUCCAACAGCGUUUCCUUCAAAUGUGUCAUUGCAGUAUUCAUGGUGUGUUUUUGUCGCCAAAGGAUACCGUAUACGUGUCCACUUUCAGUUAUUCAAUCUGAAAAACAGCACUAAUUGCUCAAGUUCGGCUGUGGAAUUAGCCGAGAAUGACAGAUAUAGCUUUGGGUCAUUGGGGAGAUACUGCGGUCAUCACGUGCCUGACGAUGUAGUGUCCCGCCUGAGCUAUGUUACCGUGAUAUACACGAUAACCAAUGGAACCGUAGCGUUACGUCGUGGAUUCCAAGCCUCCUUGUCACUGGAAUCAGCGGGUAAGAUAUUUUGCCACUACAGUCAAAUCUCCCCCAAAGAGCACUUUGUAAACGGACACUAAACUGCUGUCUUGGCAUCUUCCUCCCUUACUUUUUAAGCAUGAUAUAAAACGUCACUUUGUGCACACUCAAACUGCCUCUACCUCAUUUGCAGAGAGAUGCAGCCAAUACCAUGAUCCUGAGGCAAAUUAUAACAUCGUGCUUAGCGGUUCAAGUGGCAGAUUUCAAAGCCCUUUAUUUCCAUUAGAUUACCAUAUAAACAUGAAAUGUCGAUGGAUAAUCACAGUACCCAGCGGCCACCGCAUAAAGAUUAGCUUCCAGGCCUUCUAUCUUGGUUCAAAAAGACUGGGCAAUUGUGAUAAGGAAGACCACGUGGAGGUACGAGACAGCUUCAUAGAAAACGACCCAGGAUACGGAAUAUUUUGUGGUAAUGUUGCCCCUCCUCCGAUCUAUUCAGUAGGACCUAAGAUUCUAGUUACGUUCAUAUCGGAUGAAGAAAGAGUUUCUCAGGGAUUCGCCGCAAGAUUUGACGCCAUAUCUAACGGUAAGGUUAGUUAUUUUAUACUGCCGACAUUUCGUGACAAAAUGAUGAGGAAAACCCGCUCCUUUGGUUUUGGUCCUUUUGUGAACAGAUGCUUGUCACGGUCAUGGUAUUAUAACCAGUCUUUAAGCGAGCAGUGGCAACCAGAACAAGUCGUCAUUCAAAUUCCAACAGUUGUGAUUGUAUCAGUAGAAGUUCCUCAGUAGUGACUUUGCACAAAAUUAAUCAUAACAUGCAAUUGCAAAAAAACCUCUCUUUAGGAAGCGGGCUAAACACUGGAUGAAAAAGUUCUGCCCAUGUUUCAAGUUUGAGUGUGUUAUUUGGGUAAAAAGUUCAUAAACGUUAAUUAAGGUUUGGUCAUCAUUCGUCGGAGACGGAAUUGAUAUCUUUCUUUAUUUGUUCGCGAGCUCUUUCGUGCCUCAGCAAUUGUACGUACCUUGUGCUACCUUGUAACCAAGGUUGACAUAAAAAGGGGGCAUCUUGUGACCUUGAAGUCUGCACAGCCGUAUUACUUUUGACGCCGAUGAGUGUUGCGCGAGCAGAUUCACAAAGGCAAAAAAAAACACCAGUCUCCCAAAAGCUGACGAAGCACCGUCCCCAAUUAGCCCAGUCACCAAAAAGCAUUGGGCGAAAUCAUUCAAUCCCUCUUUUUUUCCCAUUCUCUUUCAUUUGACAUUCCCAGAUAUGAUGUCGAGUGUUUCCGAUCUUGUCAACGUAAUGUCGGAUCGGAAGUCGGAUCAUUAUUAAGAGCCUCUCGACCACAAGGGCUGAAUGAUAAAGAUUAUAUUGUGACGAUGAUGAGCCGUGAUACUGCCCUUUAACAAUUCCUUGUUUUGAAAUAUGGAUAUGGUACUAUAUACCUGUAGAUGAUUGACCUUUUAUCAGUUACCUUUUAGGUGUGUGCACUCCUAACAACAGCGUGGUGUCACUAAAUCUGACCCAAGAUUCAACCGGUCGCCUGGCCUCCCCAGACUACCCGCUUCAAUUUCCGCCGAUCGGCUCCUGCUAUUGGCGACUAAAAGCACCUGAUGGGUAUCGCGUUAAGCUUCAGUUUAAAAAAUUAAACAUCCAGGGUGACUGCAAAAAUGGUAUAAAUGGUGGAAAUGGGGUUCGUGUAGAUGAUUCUUUCGUAGCUGACUUUGAUAGUGUUCCUUCAUAUUGGGGAAGAUUCUGCAGUCCUGUUCAGCCCCCGGUGAUAUAUUCUACCAGGAAUCAGCUUCAGGUGUUUUUCACGACAAAUUUCACCUCUAGUAGUGAGUACACCAAGGGUGAUAACCUGUUACCAAGUCCAAAUACUACAGGAUUUUAUGCUUCAUAUGAGGUUAUUCCACAAGGUAAAUGGGUUUGUUCACAUUUCAUUUAAAACAUUCAUAAAUUAAUUCGCCUCGUGGGGUUUUCCUAUGUUGUUCAAUGUGGCACGACUUAAAAAUAGAUGGUUCUUAUGUUUUCUUCUAACACACUUAUGACGUUGCUGCAUCAUGGUAUUGAACCUUUCAUUGAUAAAGCUUUUUACCUAGUUGAUAAGAAAUUAGAAAAAAUGAUUUAGUAUACACCACCAGACAUAUUUCGUAUUUGUAUGGUUACUAUCGGUAUCUAUCCUUACAGACUCCACUUAUUAAUAAGCAAUCUUUGUGAGAUGUUUGCUCGUAAAUUAUCCAACUGGUCUUGCUCAGUUUAAUGUAGUGUCGGGUCCGAUCCUCAUUUAUAUUUGUGCGUUAUUAUUUCCUCAGGUUAUACAAGUCGAUGUCGCACAGACACGAAACCACAGAAACCCAUCGAAGUGCGAGGAUAUACAGGGUCUUUGGUUAGUCCGGGGUAUCCCUAUUCCUACCCAAUCAUCACUUGUACCUGGAAAAUUGUGGUCCCGGAUGGUUAUAUAGUGGAGGUGAAGAUUGAAGAUUUUGACAUGGCCUGCUCGGGAGGAAGUAAGCUACUGGUGGGAAAAGAUACGUUUUGCGGCUCGAACAAACCUUCCGGACUGUUGACAUCUGAAUCGGACAUGAUGAUACAGAUGAUCAUAACGGAGGCGCAGGACAACCGUGGUUUUCGUGCCACGUUUACAAUGACAGAAAGAGGUUAG